AAAAACAACAAAAAACAUGGGGAAUUAACUUGUGAGAACCCAGAGUCAGCUAAUUAUUGGUCGAUUCGGCUUUUAUGGGGUGGAGAAUAAAAAAAAUGUUUUCGAUUUUAAAUAUAUAUAAUCUUAUAAUAAAUAUGCAACUGACAAGUUUCGAACAUCUCACUGCUAAAAAAAAAGUUAUUCCAUGAAGUCAAGGAGUCGAAAGUCAAGAAUUCCAAACUUAAAUAUCAACGAAUUAAAAUUGAAGCCAAGUAUUCAAACGGAAAGAAUGGCGCUCUUGUAAUCGAAACUCCAGUUUUGUUUUCAUUUGGAGUAACAGAACGAUUUAAUCAAGGGACCAAUCAACUAACUGGAUAUUCAAUUCCAGUGUGCCUCUUGGAAAAAGAUAGGCAACCAAAUGAAACUGAAAAAGCUUUUCAUUGUGCUUUAAACAAAGUUACGGAAAUCUGUUGUUAUCAUGUUGAGGAAGAAUUCAGACCUGAUAUGGCGAGUACUUUAACUAAUGGACUCUAUUGAAAACAUGUUGAAUAUACAGACAAGAAGAUGAAUCAGCUGCACCAGUUCUUUAUGCAAAACUUAUUUAUUCUGACAAAUCAAAGAAAAUACUUUCACUAUUUCGCACAAAAGGAAAUGAUAAAGUUAAUCCUUUUGAUUAUCUGAAUCAAUAUUGUAAGGUUAAAAUGGCUCUAAUUAUUGAAUCUAUGUAUAUUUCAAAAAACAUUACAUCUCUUCAGAUAAAAGUGCACGAGGCCUAUAAAUCACUUCUCUCAUCAAAUCAACAAUUUUAUACGUUACAGGUUUGGUUGGCAGAAUCUCAUCAAUCACGAAUACCUCUUCUGUCUAGUUUGGUGUGUAACCCUUAUCAAAUACUCGCCUCUUGUAUUUUGAAACAGGGACUUUAUCUCCAAUUGCAAACUUCGGUUUUUUAGACCCCAGGUAAAUCAAAUCACCGUACAAAUUUGAAAAAACUUUUUCCUCAUUUGUCUUUUUACUCGCUUCAACGGGUUUCAUUUUCAUACUUGAAUGUCUCGUAUUAUUGUAAUUAUCAAAUAAUUUAUCAAGUUUGUCUCAGUAAACAGUAUUGUUGUUUGUGGAGAACAUCUUCCAUUUUUCAACAACGCUUGAUUUCUCUUCAUUCUCAGUGUGAAAUAAUUUGAUCUUAUUUUUCUUCAAAAAAUCUUAAAAUGUUUACUGAUAAACUCAGAACCUUUAUCGGCCCAGAGCAUUUGCGGUUUACGUUUUCUCUUGAAUAUUUCAUCAAAUGCUUUACUAACAGUUUCAGUUUUUUUAUCUGCCAAAGGUUUAAUCCAACCAUACUUGCUAAAUACAUCGAUUACCAUUUACAGAUAUUUCACACCUUUUAAACUGAUUGCCAUUGGAAUUCCGAUUGAAGUAAGUGUUCCAAGAAAUCCUCCUUCAAUCUGUUUUCUUGUUGGUUUGAUAACCAAUCGUCAUCCUGUUUGAUAAGCUCUGUUGAUUUGGUCUAUUUGAGCUUUUGCAAACUCUUUUUUGAAAGGAGGUAACAUUGUAAUAAAUCUUUUUGGAAUAGAAAUUCCUUUUCCAAACAUCUUUUCAAUUCCAAGACUACCAAGAGCAGAAACAACCCCGGUUGCUAAUGCAGCAACCGGGGUUUCCUUUCACCGCGUAAGGUAGUACUCUUGCUGCAAGAGAUGCAAGUGAUGUAAAUAAGUUUCCUCCAUGCUUUACCAAUUUUCCAAUCUGUGUUUUACUUAUUUUAAUAUCAGUUCCAGUUCCAUUUGCAGUAGAUUUUUCUAUCCUUGCAAUCUGUCUUUUUCUCAGCAUUAACUCAUGAGAACCUCGAAGAUGUGAAUGUUUUAAUCGAAGAGUUAGUGGUGAUUUAUUUCUUAUUGCAGAUCCUAUUUUUGACUUUUGAUUAUCUGUCAAACUUCCACCGUAUUCAAAAUAAGUUGUCAUUUAUCUUAAGCAUUAUAUAACAUUUCAUGUAAAACAAUGGCGUAAAUAUUAUAAUCAGCGUUUGGUUUUCCACUCAGUUCCUAAUGAAAUGAAAGUUGUGCUUCAAUAUCUUUAAGUUUUGUCAGGUUAAAAUAUACAAAUGAAAAUAAAUCUUUAAAAUUAUUUCUAUUUAGAAAAAUUUCCGCUUUAAAAAAUAUUAUUUGAAAUAUAUGACAUCACAUCUCUGCAAACUCUUGAUAUUUCUGUGGAUGGUUUAUAAUGAAUGUUGGGAUAAGUUUUUUCAUUUACUUUAAGAUAACAUCUUUUUAAUUGUUGCACAUUUGCUACGUUAAAAGUGUUAUACAAAAAUGGGUUUUGGUAUUUACAAUAAAAAUAAAAAAAUGACGCGGUUUUGAAAUUGAGUUUGUUAUUCUAAAAUUUCCUUCUUUUUGAUUUAGAUUUGAAGAAUUUACCAGGUAUUCGUUUAGAUAAGACCAAGAUAUUUUUGUAGUUAAUCCCUCCGAGUUAAAGAUAAUUUUAGGAACAAAUAAUUGAAGUUUUGUAAUUAUAAUUCUACAAACAUCACCACCUUUACGCCAAAUUAAAUUAUUAUCACUUUCGAUUUCAAUAUCUAACUCAAUUUUAUUAGGAUUUGGACAAAACGCAAGUGAAAUUAUUUCCUAAUUUCACGAGUUCACCAUUUGAUUACCUAUUAAUAUUUUGGGUGACAAAUUACGUUCACAAGAAGCGAUUUUUUUAAAUUGUUUAUUGUAUUGAAAAAGUCCAAGGAUUCCAAGCGUACCGUGCGGAAAGUUUUAAUUUUCUGAAUGUACAGACAACUUGGAAAAGCCCUUUAAACUGUUCUUGUUUUUCAUUUUUGUUUUUCAUCAAAUGUUUCAAAGUUAAAUCAACCGACGUCUCCCUUCUUUGUUCAUGAUUGGCCAAAAUUCAUGAAUGAACUUGAAAACGCCGCCCGGGUGAAAUGCGAUCAAUAAUCCGCUAAAGCUAUAAAUGCCAGUUAAUGUCAGUGUUUGAAAAUGUUUUCAGACUGUUAAUAACAAACAGCAAACAGGCCAAGUUAUAAUAUAGGCAAAAGAGCGAUAAGUCACUCGAAUAGCUGGAAAUCAAUGUGGACAAAAUUGUUGAAGCUUACGGCUCGGUGUUAGAAGAUGGCUUUUAAGACGACGCGUAAGCCUGUCCUUGGUUUAUCACCACAUUACAAUUGUGGAAAUUAUAUACAUGGCCACUGCUAACCGCUGCACUUGACUGAAUAAGCGGCUGAAGUGGAACUCGGCUGGUUGUCUGGUUGAACUGGGGUUCUUUGCCAUCAAUGAUGUUAGAUAGUUGACGCUGCUCUUCUUCGUUCCCGGAGUCAUAUGCUUCCACGCUCUGUUCUUGUCGAUGGCCAGUUAUUGUGAUUAUUUCGGAUUUUGGGACUCCUCUGGCUUUUAGCUUCCUCAACACAGUUUUCCGGACCGAGUAGUUAGACAAUCUUUUGUCUGGACACAAAUUACCCAGCACCCUCACCCCUCACCCUGUAAGGGUGAGUUUUCUUUCAUAGUUGACAUGAUUCUACUAAUAGCAUUUUUACCCAUUCGGCUUUUCUUGUACCAGACAGCUGUUUUGGUGGGGUUGUCAAUGCACGCCAAGUAAAAAGGGCCAGAUAACUUUAAAUCUUCAGGCCUCUUGGCCAGGUAACUCUUAAAAAGUGCGACAGGGCAUCGUGAGUCGCCAGUUGCGAACACUUUAGGUAGUACAGACCUUGGUUGAAGUCGUAAUCCUCCUUGCCGUGUUUUUGUGGGGCCUUCUGCGAAUGUUAUGAACUCGUUAGCGUUGUCGUCUUUAUUAAGCGUGAAAUCCUCCACAUUCAUUGUGUAGUGUUCUUGGCAGCCACGUAAACCAAGAUGCUGCGACAGGAGCCACCACAUUGUGUAAAGGAGGGACCUUGAAGAUGAAUUUCCAAGCUGUCCGCAUUCCCACAGCACUUCUUCUUCCUCUCUUGUUAGGCUUCGUGACUUAUUUGGCAAUUUUCCUUUACCUUCGUUUCGCAGCUUCCGCGCCUUUCCCUCUAGCACUUUUCGAGAACUCAAAAAUUCUCUGUCCUUUAUAAUUGACAAAGAGUACCCUUUCUCCUUCAGGUGGCGGUCAAGUGCUGCUUGCAUUACUUUUAAGGAGCCAGGUUCGUAGUCGGUUCCGUCUUGUUUACGGACAGAGGCAUAAAACAGCUCAAAAACUUUAUCCAGCGGUUCAGGAGGAAGCUUCUCAGCGCUUUUGUCGAGGGCAUUUUCAUCACACCAGUUCUCAAAAACUCUCAACCAGUUAACUGUGCUUUUACGGGUGUUCAUGUUUUCUGCAGCGUCUUUUAAUGCCGCCACAUCAGAAUCUGUAACAUCUUCAAACCUGGACGCCAUUUUGGCUACUUCGGAACGGUUGCCAUGGCAAUUUUGUAAUUUCACAAGUGAAAUUAUAAAUUAACGCUGAAAUUUCGCGCCAAAAUUAAGGAGUAGUUUGUCACCCAUGAUAUUACAACCAUUAUUUGGAUCAUUUCGUCCGUGUUGAACUUGCCUUGUUAAAAAUCUAAAUUUAUUCGCAUGACUUGAUGUGUCGAUAAAGUAAAACUCAUUUGUUGCAACACUAUUAACGUAAGAGGGAUUAUACUCAAACAAAUUUUUAAUAUUUACACAAUGAUUAGCGUAACAAAUGAAUUUGAACCAUUUAUAAUUCCAUUGUUGUCAUUAACCAAAACUCUGUUUCCAUUUAAUUUUGUUACUUUAAAAUCCAUUAAUAAUCUAGCGUUAUACCAAUCAAGUGAAGUAAAUUCCUUAUUAACAAUAAAUUUUAACAUGAAUCUGUUUUGAUAAUUAUUAUUUGCUGGUGCUACAUCUAGAGAUUGUUGGGGGUUAAAAAUAACGUCCUCGUAUCUAUCAAUGUCGUUUGAGUAUCUAAAGGAUUUCAUUUUAUUUUUAUAACUAUAUUAAGCCUGCAGCAAAAGUUUUCCACCUUGUUGUUCUAUUUUAGCUUCUCUUUCAUGAAGAACAAGAGCGUAGAUAAAGUAAUCAUUAUUUGUUACAUCUUCUAGUUCGUAAUGAAACGCCAGAUUUGUUACACCAUCCUUAAUGUCAAUUUUUUGUUUUGUCAGGUCAAAGUAAACGAAGGGAUAAACAUUUUUAAAAUCUGCUCCAUUAAGUAAUGUUCCUCCUUGAAAAUCAUUAUUGGCGUAAACUUAUGACAUUACAUCUCUGCAAACUCUUGAUGGAUCUUCCUUUGGUUUAUAGUGAAUAUCUGGAUAUUCGUUUCCAUUUCCAGCCUCAAGAUAGCAACUUACUAAUUUUUGAUUGUUAACAACGUUGAAAGUGUUAUAAAUAAAUUGAUUUUGUUUUUGUUUAUUAAUUUUUUCAUUAUUAAUUAGAAAAACAAAAACAUGCCUUGGUUUUAAAAUGCCACUUGUUAUUCUUAAAUGACCUGUCUUUUAUCUUGAAAUAUUUGACGGAUGUAUUACUUCAUUUAAACAAACCCAUUUGUAUGGUUUAAGAUAAUCAUCCAUGUAUAACUUUUGCCCUUCAGAAUUAAAAAUUAAUUUUGGAAUAAAAAGACGAAGUUUUUUGUACUGUAAAUCUAUAAUUAUUUCCUGCGUCUUCAGCACCGGCAUCUGAUGGCCAAGUUAAAUUAUUAUCGCUAUCAAAUUCAAUAUUUAAGUGAAUUCUUGUAUUUGGAAGUAAUUUCUCCUGUAGUGAUUCAAAGAAAGAACAUCUGUUAAGAGGAAUUUCACAAUUUACUUCACCUGUUGUUCCAAGUACUAAUUUUCUUUGAUGAAAUCCUUUGUUGUAAGUUGCUUGCAUGGGCAGGUCUUUCCUCAGCAUGAGCUGAUGAGUCUGGAUAAUGAAACUCAUUUCUGGCUAUACUAUUAACAUAUGACUGAUUAAACGCAAGUAAAUUUUUAAUAUUUACACAAUGAUAUGCAUAAUCACAACUGUAAACUUCUUUACCAUUUGCAGAAAUGUUUAAUUUUUUAUAAAAGAGUGUGAACCGUUUACUAAAACAAUUUGGUUUGUUAGUGUAAGUGCAGCGCCAUCUGCUAAUUUAUCAAGUUUAAAAUCAACUGAUAACCUUGCAUUAUACCAAUCAAAAGGUGUGGCUUCUCCUGUAUUAUCAACAACAAAUCUAAGUACAUUUCUUGUUUGUGCCAUAGUAUUUUCUACUGUUGUUUGACUAAGAGCUUGUUGAAGGUCAAAAACAACAUCUUCAUAUCUCUCAAGAUAUUUUUGGUUUCUAAAAGAUUUCAUUUAUUUUAAUAAUUAUAUGAUUUUUCUCUUGCGAAUUUUUCCACCACUUAAAAGAUUGGACAACUUGUCAUCUAUUUCUUCUUGAGUUGUCUUUGGAACUGGUUUAAAAGGAGCUUUUUUUUGGUUUAUCACCGCUUUUUGAUAACAUCUUAACUAUUUUAUUACCAACCUUUUUACCAGCAUGUUCUCCAGGUUUUGUAGCAGCUGCUGUGACGGCGUUUUCAGCGCCUUUUUUAGCAGUUUUUUUUAAUUGUCUUUCAAAACAUUGCCUUUCCAAACGACUUGAAAACAUCCAUCAUUCCUUCUCCAUAAAUAUGUUGUUUUGUAAAUCUCCCCAAUUCAGGGUCAAGUUUCAUUUUAAACUUCGAUUGUCUCAUCAUUUAUCUUUAGAAUUAUACUACAUAGAGUGAAGUAUCAAAGUCAUAAACCAAUAAAUUUCUUAAAAUUUACAGGUCUUCCAAGUGAGUCUGUUACAUAUAUCCUCAUUUCAAAAAUAGUGUUUGAUGAAACAGGGCAAAACAGUGGUCUUCGCGGUUCAAAUGAAAAUGGAAAAGACCUUGUGAGAUUAUCAGUUGGUAUAACAGCAAUCGUAUUAGUUUAAUUGUUUUAACAAAGUGGACUAUCUCACUUAGUGUCGCAAAAAUAAGUUAAUGAUGGAUUUUAUUGAGUGAAUAUAAACCACGAGAGAAAAUGAGCUUAUGGCCCAGGCCAAUUUCAUCGAUAAUUGAACAUCGUAUUGUUUCUCAGCACACAUUUCAAGUCGAGAUCAAGCAGUGGAACCUCUCUUCUGGGACACCUCUAUUUAUUGGACUCCUCCAUUCAGGAGACACAAAAAGAAAAACAUUCACAUAAUCAUUGUAUUCGGUUUCCUCUAUUGAAAGGACAUAUUUAUUCAGGGGAAAGGGACACGUUUUCUGGGUCCCGAAACCUUAGUUUGACCGUCAUUCAGCGUACACUUUAGCACUCAAAACGUGACUUGUUGAUAACUUUAAGAGUACAUACGCUAAUAACAAAGUGGACUAUUUCACUUAAUGUCGCAAAAAUAAGUUAAUGAUAUUGUCUUUGUUUUUUACUUAUCAACAAACCUCAGUCCAACAUUCAUUCAGGGGACACCUCUACUCAAGCGACACUCGCUUAGGUCCCGAGGAUGUCCCCUGAAUAAAGGUCCCACUGUAGCCAACAGAGGAUAAAGCUCAGUGAAUUUAUCCUGGCCAUGUAGGCCCUAUAACCAUUGUUAUUCCUUUAAAGAGACGGUAUUUUUAGAUCUUCUUCGAGAUCCAUUGUUCCUAAGAGGGUACCAGUGUUGACAGCUGGGCGAAGUCCUCGGCAAUAUCUUUCGUAGGCUGAGUGCAGGCUCAUUUUCCCGAACAGGGGCUGGUAAUCGAGCCUACGCCUUUCGCCUCUUUCGCGAAUCAAAUUGUCGGUAAAAGACGUAAGAUAGGUUAAGAGAACUGCAGCUCUGCAUAGGGUAACGACUCGUGCAUACGUUUUGUGGACGAACGUAACUUCAAGGAAGUUUGUGUAGUAAGUGCUUAACGACUUAUAAAGGAAAAAGUACAUAUAGUCACAGAGACUGCUUCAGAUACAUUAAUGGCGAGGGAACUAUAGGACAUCGCGCUCUAGUCUGAAGACCCACUUAUAUCAAGAAAAACAAAUGGACUUUAUCAGCGCCUGAAGAAUGUUUUCAUUCUUGCUUCGGUUUUUUUUAAAGCGACAAAUUAGAAUUCAACAUCCUUCGAACGGUACACAAAAGAGCGUCUGGCGUCUUAUAGCAUACGGCAGAACAGCAGGAAAUCAUCAUCGCGUUCAUGGACGAAAAGCUACACGCAUGUAGCUUUUCAGAUACAUGCACUUUGUAAAAAAAACAAAACAAAACAAACUACUUAAAUCUUUAUUAAAAAGUUACUUAGCUGAAACGAUAAAACUUUAAAAAACACUUAAAAUUGUUUCAAGAAAAUAACAGACGUCCCAAGUUCCCAAGGCAGACAGUGUCGCGUUACAGGCGACCAUUAAGGCCUUUCCACACGUAUCCGGUCCGUAUUCGUUUGAAAGUUAACACAAGUUAUUUUCUCCGUUUCCAAUUCGCCCGUCCACACGUAUACGCCGAAUCGAUUUUAAAACGAUAACUUACCCGAUUGCGCAUGCUUGACGCAUACGUGUUCGCUAUGAUAGGACAAUGCCAUGUUUAAAACAAUGACCCACUUCACUCCUCGUGACAGUCAAACUGUGGUUAUUAUAUGCGUCACGUAUACGUAUGCCUUUUGACAGCGGUAGCGAAAGUAACCUGAUAAUGUUCUGCCGCCUCCUGGAAUAUUCAGCUUGAAGAUUUAACAAAGCUAAAUUGGCUUAAAAACAAGCAAUUAGGUUUGAAAUAAGCCCAAGUAUAAACGACAAGAAAGGGAAGCGCCCUUCCUGCCAUCUUGAAUAAGUUUCUAAUAUUGCACGUAGUGGAUUGGAACUGUUAGUGUGACCUCAGCGUUGUCGAAAAGUUCCGUUUUCGUUGUCCACACGUACAUGCCAAAACAACGUUUUCAAAAAUUUCCACUGUGUAGAGCGUUUUCGAAAAGCCGUUUUCAUUGAUCAUUUUCAUCGGAUACGUGUGGACGGAAGCUGUAUCCGUAAAGAAAAAGUUGCGUUUUCAAAUGAAAACAGAUACGUGUGGACAAGACGUAUGAGACAUAGCUACAUUCAACAAUUAUUCUUUUCAGACUUUGAAAUCGAGGUCAAUAGUGGCUAAAUAUUUACCGAGCCGCGAAGUGGCGAGGUGAAUAUUUCUAAAGCCACUAUUCACCGAGAUUGAAGAGAAUGAUUGUUCAAAUUAGUUUAUACACACGAAGUGAUCUCUAGCCUCGUACCAGGCCAGUUAGCGCUCUCUGAGUUGCCAGACGACUUAGAAAGAGGCUGAGUGAUCUCUAAAGAAUCAGAACGGAAACCAUUGAAGAGUACGAUUUGAUUGACGGAUCAAAUCAUGCGUGAAAAAUUUGCAUGUAACGUGCAUGCGCGAAAGUUAGGUCUUUGCAGAAUUUUAAAACACGGCAUUCGCAAGUUCAUCACUUCGCAAACAAACCCUUUCAAGUUUGAACUCUUUUCUUACCUGAGCAGAAAAGUAGAGGUUUGUUAAUUUCUGUUAACUCGCCAAGUUUAUAACCAAUAGGGUUUGUUGUUUGGUUCUUCCUAUUAAGUGCCGACAUGGCGGCUAGGUUGUGCGAGGUAAGGCGUGUCUUUUUCCUGCAGUAUUCUUUGUUCAUCACUUCGCAAACAAACCCUUUCAAGUUUGAACUCUUUUCUUACCUGAGCAGAAAAGUAGAGGUUUGUUAAUUUCUGUUAACUCGCCAAGUUUAUAACCAAUAGGGUUUGUUGUUUGGUUCUUCCUAUUAAGUGCCGACAUGGCGGCUAGGUUGUGCGAGGUAAGGCGUGUCUUUUUCCUGCAGUAUUCUUUGUCCUCUUUACUUGAAACGUAGAAUUUCUGCAAACAUUUGCAUUCAACUUAAUUUAAACGUUUUUUUGGGCAAAGUGUUACUUGUUACUUAGGAAACGCUCAGGACUUAAAAAAAACGGCCUCUUCUCCGCGAAUAAAAGGGAGUUGUAAACGUUGCAUCGAGCAAAAAAUGAAAAAAAAAGGUUUUGAGGUUUUGAAUCCUUCAAAGUUUUUUCUUGCCUAAAAAAGGACAACCCUAGGAUUUUGUCGACUUUUGAAAGGUCGUUUUCUAAAAGAGCAGGAAAAACAUCGAGCUCAAACAUUAUCCACUCGCUGGGAGGUGAAUAUUUAACAAUUCUUCCUCGAGCCCGAAUGGGCUUUGAGUCAAUAGCUCGUGACGAAGAAGCCCGAAUAGACUAUUGACUCAGAGGCCAUGAGGGCGAGAGGAAUAAUUGUCUUAGUGAAAUCCAACUUUUGUUGGUAAAAAAUAUCGAGACAAAACAUCUUUAUCUAGAAAAACGCGAUUCAGCUGCCAUUGUUUUGGUUUUCAAACCCCACGCUUUUCGCUACCAGUGAGUAGUAAAGGGUUUCUGAAGACGGCUUUGGCCGUGCAGAGGUCAGACGGCUAUGCCAUGCCGAUGAGCCCCAAUAAGGGCGAAACAGCGGUCCAUGGCUGCCACUGCCGGGGUGAUAUGGCUGUGCGUAUGCGUAAGGUACUGGCCAUUCCGCAGUGUUGUGUAAUGUGACCAUUGCUUUCAGAUGGUUUAUUAUAACAUAUAGCCUGGUACUAGCUCAACCAAUCAGAACGCAGCAUUGAUAAUAGACCACUAGUUAAAUUUUAAAAAUCAUCAAGAUCACCGAGUGUGUAUUUACUAACUCAUUACAUUCUAAAGUAAAUAAAGGAGAGUCGCCUUUGAUGUAUUCGUGUGUUUUUUGGUGUGAAUUCAUUGAUUUAGUCGUUUUUGUUUUUUUUUAACAGGGGUCACAAGGUAACCGGAUGCGUUCUAAAAAUAACUUUAGUAGGAUUUCGAUGGGUAGAGGGGCUAUAUGGAGGAUUAACUUACUGAGCUUUAUCCUCCCUUGCUGUAGCCGCUUCAAACUGUUUUCAAGUGAUUUUGAGACGGAGGAGGCGGGUGUCUUCGUUUUUAGGUGUCAGGUCACCCACUCAGGGAUAUUAAGGCUGGGUCUGCCUUUUUUGGAACGAAAAUAUAAGGGAUGGUCUAUCUUCAAAAGAAAAUAUGUGGCAAGGGUGAGAUGUAGUCAAUGCAUUAUCCCUGUUAAGAUAGUAUUUUUGAGAUUGACAUCACCAUGGUAACGUGUUGCGUGACCAAGUAACGCUUGACUUCCUUAUUUUUUCUGUAAGGAUUCUGCGGGCAGGGUAAAAAGAACUUUUAGUGAGCAAUUUUUAUUGCUGUCGUUUUUACCUAUAUAAAGUACUUUCCAAAUGUAACUGGAAUCAUGGUAUGCCUACCCUUGAUUAAUGUCUUAUAGCUGUCACGUGACAGAAAAUCGUUACAUUUCAAUGACCACGUGACCUGGACAUGCAAGUUUCGUGAACAACACGAUACGCAAAACACUUUUCGUGUUUGUUAAGAUAAGUGUGUAUAAGUUCUUCUGCAGAUGGCCUGAAGUUAAAAAAGUUAAUUGGCUACCUUAAUGAGUCACGUGAUCCUUAUCUUGAUACCGUAAAAUUCUGAAAAUAAGCCCCUCCAAAUGUAGGCCCCCAAACUCGUAACGCAAAAAACCCUCCGCUAAAUCGUCCCUCCAAAGAUAAGCCCCCCCUGGGGGCUUGUACUUGAAAAUUUGCCUCGAAUACAAGGUAAAACAAAGUAGAAACGGUAAAUUUUCUUCCAACAAUAAGGCUAGCCCAAGCGAUUUUGAAACGCAAAUUUUCCUCCGUAGAUAAGCCCCUUCGAAUAUAAGCCUCCUCCAAAAAUAAGCCCCUCAAAAAGGGCCUUUGAAAAAUAUAAGCCCCGGGGCUUAUUUUCAGAAUUUUGUGGUAACUUUCAAUGAGACUUAAUCUCUACAACGCUUUUAAGCUCUCACGUAAGUUUCGUGUCAAUACGUUGCAUAUUUAUGGAGAUAGACCAUCCCCUUUCAUUUUUUCAUGCUUUUUUACGUCCUUCAGAUGACCCAGUCCUUACUAUACCUGAGCACCCGAACUCUGUUAAUGUUCGUUUCAAAAACAUAUAUAUGUUUUCAACUUGUUGCUUUUAGGUGCAUAGAUGGUAGAGAAAGACAAAUAGAAUGGGUUAAACAGAACAAACACACAAGCAAGCAAUCAAACGCUGCUUAAAAAUAUUUUUCAUUAAGAGGAUUAUUUUAAAUCUAGCCUGCCUAGCAGGUGCUUGGAAUUAAUGGCGAAGUAGGGAUUCCUUUUAUAUUUUUUUAUUAGAUAAAUAAUAGCCUCCCACGCAGGCAUUUUUUUUUGGCAGUCGUAUUUGCUCAUUUUCUUCUCUCCCCAGUGAGAGGGAGGAAAUACGACUCCAACCACACCCCUGUGUGGGGGACUAGAGAAAUAAGCCUCUUGUUAAAACUAUCUUCGUUUACCCACAAAUGCAAACCAUUUAAAUAUGUAUUUUUCAACUGUAACAGAGGAUAAUUAGUAAUGUAACUUGCUUUUUACCUUUUGAAAUCAGGUCUUACAAAUUCAUCGGUGGAAUACAAGUCACAGCCUAGAAAACAAUUUGGACCGGCUCGCAGAGCCAUUACUGUUCUUAGCGGCGACUAUGCCUCUGAAGCCGCUUGUACGGGAGGCAAUGGUAGCUUUGGUUCAGGUUUAUCAGGUGCAAAUGAAUAUGUGUUUUGCAAACAAGAGCAAGAAGAAAAGAGUUCAUCUAGCAGUGAAGCGGAGAGCGUAAAUGACAUCACUGAGAUAGAAAAUCUGAAAAGUGAUGAUGAAAGCAGUUCUGUCUUAUACGACAAUGAUGACUUUGAAGAAGAAAUUGUGGAAGAAAUUGAUGAGGAAUUCCCCUCAGAUGCGAAUAGCACUUUAGCAGCUGCUGGUGGUGCUUUAUCUGUAAGCAGCAGAAACGUCGUUGCUGAAGGAGAAUAUGACGAUGAUAGCUUUGAAGAUGACAGUGGAGAUGAAGAACGUGAGGACGACCGUACGGAACCGAAAAGUGCUUCGGCUGGAAGUGGAACAAGUGACGAAGAAGACAAGGACCUGGUACAAUGUCUUCAGCAUAGCGUUAGUGGUAGUGAAGCUGAUUCAGACAGUGUUAGUUCUCAUCGUUCCUUUAACAGGAGUGAAAGUGGCAAUGAAAGAAAUAGUGAAUACCAUUCUGAUGGCGACAAAGAUGAUGAGACUUCUGCUGGAAGUGAUUACAAUGAA